AUGAGGGCAAAGGAAAAGAGGGAGCUGGUCAAAUCCAAGCUGAAGAGCAAGGAAAUAGAGACCCUCACACACGCCGAACCGAUGAUUUUCAAUAGAUGCAAACUAUCCUUGGAUAAAGACGGAUUCGGGCUGUUAAUUAAGCAGAAAAGACAGGGUAAGAGGCUUGCCGUGAUCAAGCACGACUCAGCCACACGGGCUAAGGAGUACUUGGAGCAACGUGCCCGAAGGGCGUAUUUAGCUACCAUUUGCUACUCAGAGGCAUCUUGCGCUCUAUCGAUAGCUGCCCAGCACCAGGAACCAAGGGAUAAGGACUAUAAAGCCCUCAAUAAGAUCGGUUUCGUAGCUAUCCUUAGCAAUAAGGCUCACCUAAGGAUCCCCAAUUUCCUCGUGGUUGUGUGCACUGACUCCUACUCGCUCUACGAGUGUAUAGUAAAGCUGGGGACUACCAAAGAGAAGCGCCUCAUGAUCGAUAUUAUGGCUAUUCGGGAGUCAUACGAGAAGCGGGAGCUCUCUAAGGCCAAUACCUCUUUGCAAGAGCUAGUUUUGACCAAUACCUUGAAGGUGCAAGUGGACGGGUAG